AAUACAAAUUAUAGCAAAGAAUCAAAGGGUCAGCCACCUGCCUUCGUCUUUACCUUUAAUCCCUUCUCCCCUUAAUCCACAAACCACCAAACAACCAUGAAUUCCUCAAUUAUAUAAAUACCCACAACUUCCCACUCAUUCAUUCACUCACUCACUCAAUCUUUCUUCAAAUAGCUACCAAUUCAGUUGAGAUUGAAAAUAUGGAAGAAUCACAAGUUCAUGUUUUUUCAUCGGCAACAGAGUUGGUUGAGAAGUUGCAUCAGAAGUGGAGUUCAGUUGAGAAGGUGCCAUACCCUGCAAUGUACUCCAGUGUUUAUGGUGGGAUUAUUCUUGAUCCAGCUUUGAUGGUUAUUCCUAUUGAUGAUCAUAUGGUGCAUAGAGGACAUGGUGUGUUUGAUACUGCCAUCAUUCUUGAUGGCUACCUCUAUGAACUGGAUGGUCAUAUCGAUCGAAUCCUUCUAUCCGCAUCAAGAGCGAAAAUCUCCUCACCAUUCCCAAAAUCGACUCUUCGAUCGAUUCUCAUCCAGCUGACAUCAGCAUCAAAGUGCAAGAAAGGAACUUUAAGAUAUUGGUUAAGUGCAGGGCCAGGGGAUUUCUUACUUAGUCCUUCCGGGUGUCCGACAUCUGCGUUCUACGCAGUCGUUAUCGACGAAGAGUUUUCGCAGUGUAAAGAAGGCGUAAAGGUGAUAACUUCCACAAUCCCCAUGAAAGUGCCUUUGUUUGCAACAAGCAAGAAUGUGAAUUACCUCCCAAACGUUUUGUCGAAACUCGAAGCAGAAGAGAAAGGCGCGUUUGCGUCAAUUUGGGUGGAUGAUGACGGGUAUGUCGCGGAGGGUCCGAAUGUGAACGUGGGUUUCGUGACGCGUGAGAAAGAGCUUAUUUUGCCGUUCUUUGACAAGAUAUUAAGCGGGUGUACUGCGAAACGGCUUCUUGAAUUAGCUCCAAAGUUGGUUGAAAACGGGAGGUUGAAGAGUGUGACAGUUGGGAAUAUUACAGUUGAGGAAGCUAAACAAGCUGCUGAGAUGAUGUAUAUUGGAAGCACACUUCCUGUAUUGCCAAUUAUUGAGUGGGAUGAAAAGCCGAUUGGCGACGGGAAGGUUGGGGAAUUGACAAUGGCGCUAUCGGACCUCGUUUGGGAAGAUAUGGUGGCUGGUCCGGAGACACACAGGAUCAAGGUUCCUUAUGUGUAAAAGAAACCCGACUGGCCGAAUUUGUGGUCAAAAUUGGUGUUGUAUUUUGAAAUCAGAAUCUGAAUAAAAGUUUCGUGUUUGCCAGUUCUCAA